GGUGACCCCUCCCCAAUUCCAGCCCCUGCAGGAGCUGCAGGCGGGGCCCGGGCUGUGCCGGAUGCGCCAGGACCCGGCGCGGCCUCACCUGGUGGGGACGGCGGGGAAGGAGAACGGGCUCAAGGUGUGGGACCUGCAGCGGCCCCAGGAGCCCCUGUUCCGUGCCAAGAACGUGAGGAACGAUUGGCUGGAUCUGCGCGUGCCCGUCUGGGACCGGGACCUGCGCUUCCUGCCGGGCUCCCAGAGGAUCGUCACCUGCACGGGGCACGGCCAGGUGGGCACCGGGGGGGCAUCGGGGUCACCUGGGGGCACCUGA